AUGGCGGACGAUAAGUCGAUUUACGGAACACGGAUUGAUGUCUUUGAGUUCUACUACCGAUAUCCAGAGCGCCCAAAACGGAAUGGAGACUGGAAAGCUGCAGCCCUCCGCGGUCCAGCCCUCCCUGCAUUGGGACAUGCCCUUGCUGGUGCCGCGGGGGCAGCAGUAUCGAACUUGGCGACGUAUCCGCUGAGCCUGAUUGUGGCUAGAAUGCAGGCGCAGCGGAUGGCGGCAAAGAAAAGGAGAGCCGAAGCUGAACGUGCGGGUGCGGAUAAUGGUCAAGGAGAAAAAUACUCGAGCCUCUUGGAUGCUGCACGCAAGAUCUAUGCCAAUGAAGGAGGGAUUGCGGGCUUCUAUACCGGUGUUGGCCAAGAUAUGGGCAAGACCAUCGCAGACUCCUUCUUGUUCUUCCUUGCGUAUACUUUCCUGCGACAGCGGAGGCUCAAGUCGAGGGCUCGCGCGGCAGGUAAAAGGAGCGCGGUUCUGCCUGUCUUGGAUGAGCUGGCUAUAGGGAUCAUCGCGGGCGCGUUCGCGAAAUUGUGGACGACUCCGCUCGCAAAUAUCGUCACGAGGAAGCAGACGGCAGCAGUGAUCGGAGAUUCCAGGUCGUCGUCAGCGUCCACUAGGGAGAUAGCAGCUCAGAUCCGUGCGGAGAAGGGACUCGCUGGAUUCUGGUCUGGAUAUUCGGCAUCACUGAUCCUGACCCUCAACCCAUCGAUCACCUUCUUCCUCAAUGAAACGCUGAAGUAUUUGUUGCUCCCACGUCACCGGCGUCGUAAGCCGUCUGCCGCAGUAACCUUUUUACUGGCGGCAGUGAGCAAGGCGAUUGCCUCAGCCAUCACAUAUCCAUUCUCACUGGCGAAGACGCGAGCACAGACCGAUGGCAGUGAUUCCCGUUCUAGAGACGACACAGCGACUCAAGAUAAUGGACGAGAUGGAGUUCGGUCGUCCGUUUCUCCUACCAUUUUCUCGACCCUUCACACCAUCGCUCUUGAGGAAGGCGUUGGGGCUCUCUAUGACGGGUUGUUGGGCGAAGUUCUAAAGGGCUUCUUCUCUCACGGUAUUACUAUGCUGACCAAGGACGUGGUGCACUCCGCUAUCGUUAACACCUACUACGCCCUUCUUGUUCUCCUACGCCGCUACCCUACUCCAGAGGAGCUCCUGCAGCGAGUCCACGAGCAGGCAGAGGAGUACGCAGACGUAGCUCGAGAAGGGGCCAAAGAUCUAGUAGUCACUGUCACAGAGAGCGAAACGGUCCCGACUGUGUCAGUGGAUAUCACCACGGAUGGUGGAUCUUCCUAUUCACCAGAAGACACGAAUGAGCUGGCCGAGAUGGUGGGCGAAUAUGUCGAGGAUGAAGCGGAAGAAUGGCGCAGACUCUACCACUGGUUCUGGGAACGGCUGCUGAAAUGA